AUGACAGCCCCCUCCACAUCUGAAGAAUGGAGACAACUGGCUGAUGGUUUCCUCAAGAAUUGCCCUGCUGCUAUUGAUGGCACCCACAUAGCUAUCAGAAAGCCUGCCAGCUCUGGUUCCGUAUAUUAUAAUUAUAAGGGAUUCUUCAGCAUCAUCUUACUGGCCAUUGUCGACUCGGACUACAAGUUCGAUACGGUUCAAGUGGAGCUGCCAAGAUUUAUAAUGAAUCAUAAUUCCUUUAGAUGGUGCAGGAUGGUUGAAGACUCACAGCUCUUUCCAAAUGACACCGUCGACAUGCCCUAUUUCUUGGUUGGAGAUGACGCUUUCAGCCUUAGCCAGAACAUGCAGAAACCCUAUGGACAUAGAGCGCUGACAAGAGACGCAAGCAUCCUGCACUACCGGUUAUUUAGGGCUAGGAGAGUAUCAGAAAAUGCAUUUGGGAUUUUGGCCAACCGAUUCCAGAUACUUCUCACAAAAAUGAACGACAGCCCAUCCACAGUAAUGCUGAUUGUAAAGACAUGCUGCAUUAUCCACAACUUGAUGAGGAUCAGGUACCCCACCAUGCAGAAUGCACUGGUUAACCAUGAUGAUGGAAGAGGCGAUCUGGUUCCUGGGGAAUGGAGAAGAGGUCGCAACUUGGAGGAUACCAGGAGUGUCAAUAUCAGGGGCAAUUUAAAAAGCAAGAUUGUGAGAAACACUCUGAAGCACUCGGUCAACUCUCCAGCGGGAUGGGUGCAGUGCACAGUCGAGAUCGUCCCAAACAUGACCCACAGCCCAAGCCUGUCAAGCCUUUAUUAUGGCUCCAAAGUCAACUACAGCUGCGUGACCGGAUAUGAGCACACAGGUGGAAAUCUCGAGAGGACAUGUCAGGCGGACAAGACGUGGUCAGGACUCGCUCCCAACUGCUCUAAUAUUACUUGCGCAAGCGCCCAUGCUGCGAGCACAUUUGCGGUGAUGACUAGCGCGGCAGCAGGCGUCUAUGUGUUUGAUGACGUCACGCACUACGAAUGCCUUGUGGGGUACACUAACGUAUCAGGGGUCGCAACCCGUCGCUGUAUCAAGAUUGACACAUGGUCCGGAAACACACUUGUGUGCACCAACCAGCCAAAGUACGACUACAACACGACGAUCACGUACACGUGCGACCGCGCCUACAACCACACUUCCGGUGACCUCGUGCGCACGUGCGAUGACACGCCUCGGUGGACUGGCAUCUUGCCAAUAUGCACGCUUGUCGCCUGCUUGCCUCCAAGCAGCAUUUCAUUUGGCACGUUCUCGCCUGUGGCGAUCGUUCAUCUGUUUGACACAAACGUGACCUAUACUUGUUCAACUGGAUAUUACAUUAGCGCCGGCAAUAACGUCAUCACGUGUCAAAACAACGGAUCCUGGGCUGGAACCGCACCAACGUGCUCACUGGUUCGAUGCCCGACAGACGUUGUUCAGAACGCCACCUUCACACCGAACGUUGCACAAAUCAACUACAGCAACGUGGUUACGUACACUUGUAACCUUGCUUAUAACCACACGGAAGGUGACCUGCAGCGCACGUGUCAAGAGGACUUCACGUGGACCGGAAAUAAGCCGGUGUGCUCGCGCGCAGCUUGUAUACAAGAGAAUUCCACAUUCAUGACAACGAUCCCGAACAACAUCGUCCACGAAUUUGGCGUCGAUGUGACGUAUAAAUGCGUCAUCGGAUACAAUUAUUCUUCCGGUGACGUCACACGCACCUGCCUGACUAAUGGUUUGUGGACUGGAUCGCUUCCGGCAUGUACAAUUAUAAAAUGCCCCUCCCCGCCCACCAUCCUAAAUGGUAAUUACACCCCGUUGGAGCCUUCGGGAAUGCACCUGUACAAUACGACUGUGGAGUACACGUGCCAGUUUGGAUACCGUCAUCUGAGCGGGAGUCUGCAGAGGCGAUGUAACGAACUGGAACAAUGGACAGGGGCUGUACCCGUUUGUACGAUCGUCACGUGUCCAAAACCACAAGAACCGUUCAUCACGUUUUCCCCUAACACAACAACAUACGACUUCAACACCACCGUUACCGCCACGUGCAUACUAGGAUACAACCACACCGGGGGUGACGUCACACAAACAUGUCAACAUACGGGCGUUUUCGAUGGCAUUCCAGCAAACUGUACCAUUGUUGAAUGCCCCGCCCCUGAAGUGGAGUACUGGCCAGUUGUCACGAGCCCAAUACUGGCCGUGUACGUGUAUCAGGACCAGAUUACGUACGACUGUGUCGUCGGGUACGAGUUAUCUAGCGGAAGUGACGUCAGACAGUGUACUGAGACUACAGGAUGGACGGGGCAACCACCCAACUGCACGAUAAAGAAGUGCAGCAGUCCACCUCCAAUAUCGUUCGGAAGCUAUUACCCCAUGGAGAUUUCCGGUGAGCACGAGUUCAAUACGAGCGUCAAUUACACGUGCAACUUCGGCUACUACAAGUUUAGCGGAGAUGGCGUCAGAACAUGUAACGACUCAAAGCAGUGGACGGGAGCGACUCCGGUUUGCAAAAUUGUAACGUGCCAACAGCCAAGCGAGCCCUUCAUCAUAUUUACACCGAACACAACCACAUACGACUUCAACACCACCGUCACCGCCACAUGCAUUCUAGGAUACAACCGCACCGGAGGUGACGUCACACGCGUCUGCCAACAUACGGGCGUUUUUGAUGGCACACCUGCAAUUUGCACAAUUGUGGAAUGCCCCGCACUGAAAGUGAUCAACUACACAACAAUUACCAGUUUAAUACCGACCAAAUACGUGUAUCAGGAUCAGAUUAUGUACGACUGCGUUAUCGGGUACGAGCUAUCUAGCGGAAGUGACGCCAGGCAGUGUACUGAGACCACUGAAUGGACGGGGCAGCCACCCAACUGCACGAUAAAGAAGUGCAGCCCUCCACCCUCAAUAUCGUUCGGCAGCUUCUCUCCUGUGGAGCUUUCCGGUGAGCACGAAUUCAACACGAGCGUCAAUUACACUUGCGACUUCGGCUACUACACGUUUAGCGGCGAUGGCGUCAGAACAUGUAACGACUCAAAGCAGUGGACGGGAGCGACCCCGGUUUGCAAAAUCGUCACGUGUUCACGGCCCUCCGAGCCCUUCAUCACCUUCACGCCUGACACGAUCACAUACGACUUCAACACAACCGUUACCGCCACAUGCAUUCUGGGAUACAACCACACUGGGGGUGACGUCACACGAACAUGUCAACACACGGGCGUUUUCGAUGGCACACCUGCAAAUUGUACAAUUGUGGAAUGUAACGCACCCGUGGCGCUGAACCACACACAUAUGACCAGCCCGGGUACUCCCAGAUACGUGUACCAGGACAAGGUCACAUACAUGUGCGACAUUGGGUACGAGCUCACUUCCGGAAACCUUGCGCGCACUUGUACGGAAACUAGCUUCUGGAGCGAUCUUCCUCCAAAUUGCACAGUGAUCUACUGCCCACAGCCUCCAGGCGGCGUCCAGAACACGUAUGAGCCCGUGGAGAGCGAGUACGUGUGGCAGUCACGUGUCAAUUAUACGUGCGACUUUGGGUACGAGUACAAUAGCGGCGAUAUGGUGUCGGAAUGCUUGCAUAACAAGACAUGGUCUGCUGUGACACCGGUUUGCACAAUUGUUAAAUGCAACAAGAUUGAUGUUCCACAUAUGAUGUUCACUCCUCCCACAACGGCAACGCAUGACUUUAACACGACCAUCGAGUACGCAUGCGUGCUCGGAUAUAACCAUAGCUACGGUGACCUACAUAGGACGUGUAGCCACACAGGAGACUGGACAGGGACCCUGCCAAACUGCACAAUCAUUACAUGUGAUCCUCCAAGCCCUGUCCCACAUGCUAACUACACCCCGGUCCUAAUUGAGCACGAUUGGAACACUACCAUCGAUUACACGUGCGAGGCAGACUACCAUUACGUCAGCGGAAGUUACCGGUUCGUCUGCAACGAGAGUGGCGCGUUCCCGCCAAUCGAUCUUAAUUGCUCUGCGCCCCAUACGCUGACCUUAGCGCCAUCAGAACCAGAGGUCACUUGGCUGAAUACUAGCGUUACCCAGACAACAGUUAUAUACGAUUUUGAUGGACUAUGUAACGUCACGGUUACAUCGUCGACAAAUGACUUGUUAUUACAGUUAACGACAAUCGGUACACAAGUGCAUGUCGAAAUAAAUUCGACUACAGCUAUCGAGUUUGGAACCCACCAUAUAACGCUGAACUCUUCUAUUGGCCCGCGAACAUUUUCAGGACUGACUCGAGAUGUGUUUGUAGGCGAAGAAGUGAUAGAUUUUCAGGCCUGGCUUGACCUGGAUACCAUCUUCCUAGCGGUAGGCGAGCCGUAUCAUUUCCUUGCCAACGCCAGCCACGGUACAGAUGUUACCCUCUCGUGGAGCAUGGAGGCCAAUACAACCAUUACAUACUCGUACCUCAAUCAGGAGUUUAGUAACGGAACACUGAACUACACAUUUUUACGGCCAAAGAUGAAUGUAUACGUAACAGCGAGUAAUCGUGUUAGCUCAGUAACGCAAAGCAUUGUCGUUGACGUGUUCUUCAAGCCCAACAACAUUAAUUUCACCGUCGCUUCCAUGCCUGGCAACACGACAUCGCCACUCCUUUUCUAUUUGGAAUUCAUGUCUUCUGCAAAACUGCCUAUGAAAACAGUCAAUAUAACCAUCGAUUAUUCGCAUGGGUCUAACGCUUUCGAAACAAGAUAUUUGAAUGAUACUAUCGUUUUACCGCUCAUUAACAGUUACUCUCACAUUUUUGACAUGCAAGGGCUAUUCAUGGUUUCCGCAUGUUUACGUAAUCAUCUUGGGGACUACAAUCAGUCCAUAGAAAUUGCCGUGUGGGACUCUUUGAUACCACUUAAAUUUAUCGUCGUAAAUGGUUCCGGAAAAUAUAUUACAAACACGACAGCUUCAUUUGAAUUUACUGGAGUGCCUAAUUUUGGAUUUAAGUACACAAUAAACUAUGGCGACGGAACAAUGACGUCAAACACAACAGACAGUAUAAUGUACGUAAAUUAUGGUUUGACAACUUUCAAUCACGUGUACUCAACAGCCGGAGUCUACACACUUCGAUGGACAGCAUACAACGGUCAUUCUCCUUACAACCGCACCGGAAGGAUUACCAUACUUGUACAAAACCGGGUUCCUACUGAUGGAUACACACUGGCGCCGGAUAACAAAAAAUAUCCAUGGCUGAAUUUGCAAACAAUCAGCAUUCCGGUUAAUAUAACGUUGAAUAGCAGUGUGCAUUUACCAACGAACGCCACUUGCGUGUUUGACCCUGAUGACGGCAAUACCAGCGUUCAUCGUCUGGUGUAUGACAGUCAUUUCUUCAACCACAAUCACAUGUACCGGGACGAGGGAAUCUUCAACGCAAGCUUUAAUUGCUCCAACGAAGUUAGCUGGUAUAUCUACGAGUAUUCCAUCGAGGUGGUCAAAUACAACGCAUCUUUCCUCAGUGUUAUCUUUGAGCAUCCUUGUUCCCUUAAAUGUGUCAGAUACCUCGUCGGCGGACACCGGCGAUGGACCAACAGAGGAGCGGUUACCGUGGAUGCAGUGUCGGAAUCGUAUGAUCCAGUGACCCUUGCUAAUGGGAGCUCUUUGGUGUUUGCAUGGGACUGUAAGGCACGCUACUUCAAGACGGCGACAAGUAGCUGCAACUAUGACCAUCGUCAGUACAGGAGUAAUUUCAUUGAACACGAGCGCCGCCCCAGACAUUAUGACUUCUACGUUGUCAGUGUGUUUGUAGACAAUCAACGCGGUGGCAACGCGUCAUUUACGCAGACCAUCGGCGUCCCGUCUGUAUAUGUGACUCCGCUAAGCAUUAGGUGCACUAUAAAUUGCCUGUUAAAAGUUGCUGUCACCUCAAAAUUACAACUGGUGCCCAGGCUAUCCAACAACUGUCCCGGUUCAUUUAAUUGGACGCUACAAGAAUACAAUAAUGGCAUAUACAAACCCAAAGGUUUAGAUGGCAUUCCUGAAAAUGGUCUUAACAGUCGGUCCAUAACCAUUUCUGCCAAUAAAUUGGAACCUGGCAAAAAAUACCUUUUAACGUUGGUCAUGACCAUGAAGGGCGACGGUUUGACGUACGGACCGGCCUACUACGAGUUUGUUACCAAUCUUCCACCGAGAGACGGGCACUGCAGAGUGAUUCCCUAUACAGGCGACAUCAGAGAAAACGAUUCCAUUAGUCUGAGCAAUUCUUCAACCGCUACACCCUAUUCGUUAUUGGCAACCCAACAAAAGUUCAACAUGACGUGUCUUGGCUGGAAGGACGAAGGCUGGACAGCCUCCAACUUCACGACUGACCAGCCUCUGCUCUACUACUUCUAUGUUAGAUACAGUGGUGUUGAGACCGAGAAACAGAUACUGUAUUUUGAUCGUAAGAUGCUGGCCAUAACGUCCAACAUAGUCAGCUUUCAGGCUGGCGACCCAGAAAACAUGUACAGGGCAACAGCUAUCAUUCGAGUAUCAGAUAUAUUUGGAGAUUAUGAAGAAGUGAAGUACAUAUUGACGAGUACGCCAAACAUUAGCACGGCCAAUAUUGCUGCGUUACCGACGUCAGCUGAACGACUGCAACUAGUUAAAUCGUUCGUUAGCGCUUUCGACGAGGAGAUGAUCAAAGCCAACAGAACCGCGGAUUACAGGACGCUGUCGCGGAGGAUCAUGGAUAUUACAUCUGUCUAUAACAACUUGAAACUUAACAUUUCCGGUAUAGAGUUGACCCCUGAAGACCUGUUGUCGCUCGGCAACCAUAUGAAGGAAGGCUCAAACCGCUCGAUGUCCUGGGAGGAGUACUAUAAACUGAUUGUGGAAGUUGUCGACACCACUGUGGCCGACUAUCUGAUGCAGGUGGGCGAAAACUACGCACACAUGCUUCUAUAUAGCGUGAAAACCUGGCCUUCUAACAAACAAAUGACAAGUGUCUCCAUCGACACAAUUAGCAGAGCAUUGGCCGCCACGGUAUCCAACAAGGACUACGCAAACGUGACCACGAUUAUAAUGGCCUCUGAAGGGGCGAGUAUAAUGGCGGACAAUAUAGCCAAAAUGGUCACCCAAAGGACGAUCCCAAACACGGAACAAAUGAACUCAGCCGUUCAGGGGGUGCUUUGUUUAAUCCAGAAAUGCCUUAACGACCUGCAAACCAUUCUGACACCAAAUCUGCCCCAGGACCCGACAGUGGACGUGAUGCGGAAUUACCUGGAAUAUAUUAAGAUAUUUACACCUGGGGGGACCGCUGCUCUGAGUCUUCAAGAGCAAACUUUUCUCGCUCAAAAACAACUGCAGAAGUACUAUGUACAAAAGGUGUUGAAAUCCGAAGCGUCUCAAAAAGCUUUGCCGUAUCUGACGUCAGCGCUCCGCAAACUGACGGAUUACCUGUCCCAGCUUAUCCAGCUCGAUGACGAGAAGCUAAUCCUUGAAAACGAGCUACUCUUCAUUUCCGCCGAGAAAAGAAUUGUCAAAGACGUGGCGGGGACAGCGUUAAAACGACCCCGUGUUGACGUUUAUCUCACUGGUUUAACGACAACGGCUCAGAGCCCGGUGGAAUGUGACGCCAAUCAAGUGACGUUUAAGCACAUAAUUUUCAAGAAAAACCCGUAUUUCUGGGGCGAGUUCGCCGACCGGAUCACCUCGUAUGUUCCCGUGCUGCAAAUCGACGGAGCGGUUUUACCUAAUGCACGAGUGACAUAUUCAUUGCAAAACAAAGUCGAGGCCGCGUGCAUCGACAAGACGCCGUCCUACAAAGCAGACGAUGCUGACAAAAUGAUCUACAUGGUGUUCGACAGGCGACACGCGGCAGACGACAUAUUGUUCUUCAUCCGGCCCAACACCACUGGUUUGAAAUACGAUGUCUACUUGAGAGUCGCCGAAAAGCCAAACGUGCCAGAGAAAAAAUUCGACUACUCUACGGCCAUUAAAACCAACCAUUGGACUAAUGAAGACGGGUAUAAACUGCUCAUUAAAUCGGGCGAGUUUGCAGGAACCGGCAAGAUAUGGAUUGCUCUAAGGCCUUUGCUAGGCGCUGAAGGGUCUAACGAUAUUACGUUGCUAACGAAGCAAUUUUGCGCAAACGUCACCAGCGUCAGUUGUCUAGCCUGGGUACAGAAGAACGGCGCAUACGUCUGGGACAAGGACAAGUGCUUGGUCUCUCCGACAAGUACUCGCUCGGUGACGGUGUGCGAUUGUGAGAACAUGAUGCGAACAGCAAACGCCGAGCCAAUGACUGUCGGGACAACAUCUUACGUACCUCUAAGCGAGAUUGACUUUGACAACGAGGAUGUUGACGAGCUUCCGCUUGGCCGCGACCCGGUGGUAGGCGUCAUCCUCGCUGUGGGCUCGUUGUACGUUCUCUUCGCGCUAUGGGCAUGGCGGGAAGACCAGAAAGACAAAUAUAAGUGGUCGUACUCACUCCUCAUUGACAACGAUAUCGCCGACGGCGCCUUCUACAUCGUGAGCGUGUACACGGGUCUGCGGUCGGCGUCGGGAACAAACUCCAAGGUCGGCUUCAUUCUGGUUGGAGAGGACGAAUCAACCGACAUCCGCCGGAUGGACGACGAUUCACAUGUUGGGUUUGAAAGGGGAAGUGUGCGGACGUUCGUCAUGAGCACAAGACGUCACCUGGGCGAGCUGAUUUGUCUGCGCAUCUGGCAUGACGACAACGGCGGUAACAACUCCUCCUGGUUUCUCAAUAAGGUGGUCGUCACUGAUCUAGCUAACGACACACGGUACGUGUUUGAGUGCAAUCAUUGGUUUGACUAUGACACCGGAGACAAAAAAGUAGACCGGAUAUUGACAGCGCAGAAGCGCAACCACUCCUACACGGAAUUUAUCUUGCAUACGGCCGCCGAGUACCACCUUUGGUUCUCCGUAUUUCUGCGUCCGAUGCGGAGCAACUUCACGCGCGUUCAGCGCUUGUCGUGCCUGCUGGGAAUGAUGUGCAUCACAAUGAUCGUCAGCACUAUGGUUAUUCGAAUUCCGAACGAAAACGCGAGUCUUUACGAAACUAAGAUAGGCCCUUUCCGAUUCUCGCUAAAAAACGUACAAGUGGCUUUAAUAUCUUUAGCAGUAGGCACUGUAGUCGUUACCAUCGCUUCGUUCUUUUUCAAAAAUACCGAGAACAAUGAAAACAAACGAUAUCGAUCCUGGGUUCUGGACAAAUACAGAAAGGCGAACGCAAGGUUGAAUUUCGACCCUUCGGUGGUGGGUCGCGAAUUUGUGCCACCGGCGGAAGACGCGCUGCAAUACAAUUACUUCUUCUUGCCACAUUACUGCAUCUACGUGGGCUGGAUGAUCCUUGUGAUGUCGGUGGUUGUUUCGAUGUCCCUUACAGUGAUAUACAGCGAUGCCUGGGAGCUGAUCAAGUCAGAAGAAUGGAUGACAACAGUCUGCAUCUCCGUCCUGUGCUCCAUGUUUGUGACAGAAGUGAUCAAGGUGGCGUGUUUCAUACUGGUAUACGCCAUAAUGUGUCCCAGAGUGUACGAGCCGCCUGAUCCUGUGAUCGACGUUGACAACCUGGAAGAGAUCACGAAGCGUAACUCAGCAACAUUGAACAUAGGACCGCAUUUUCAACGAGUGUUGCCGCUCCCCAAGAUCCCGGACGCAGAGACUCUGAUAAACAACCAGAUCAAUCGCAUCCGUAACCAUCAACUAUUUAAGAUCGUCUCUCAGCUGGUCCUCUACAGCGGUCUCCUGUACAUCGUGUACAAGAUCAGCUACGAAAGCCGUGAUCCCAGAUCAUUCGAUCUAAAGAACCACGUCAGCAAGAUGUUUACCUUUUCAAAAGUGACUGACCUUCCUUCGUAUAUAAAAUGGCUUGAUACGCAGUUCAAAGACAACUUCUUCUCUAAGACCUACUUUGGAGCCGGCUACGAUGCAGAAACGCGACCAUAUACGGAAGAUCUCGUGAAUUUUCGUGUCGGUCCGGCGCGUCUUCGCCAGUUAAGAAUCACACCUGAACGCUGUAAAGGACCAUUAGCCACCGAAAAACCAUGCCACAACCGAUUUAUCGAGAAAAAGAAACAAACAACCGACUACUGCAAGGACUGGGCCCAUUUGCCUUGUCCAGUGGCGGAAAAAUCCACUUCACUGACAUCGUCAGCGUGGCUGUAUACUUCCUCGGACGAGGCUUGGGGAUUUCCCACAUACGCGCUGUACAAUACGUACGGUGGCGGUGGAUAUUUCAUGAAACUGGACGUAAACAGUGACGUUAGUCAGAAGAUCUUUGUUGAACUGGAGGAAAACAAUUGGUUUGAUAACCAGACGAGGGCUGUUAUACUGGAGUUUUCUCUUUACAAUGCUAACGCCAAUCUUUUUGUAUACGCAAAAUUUGUCGGUGAAUUUCCGGAAAUGGGAGGAUUUUUGCCGUAUUCCACAAUUAGCGUUUUCCGAUUAUAUCUGCAUAAUGGGCCAGAUGGAAAUUUUAUUAUGUUUCUCGAGUUGAUGUACCUGCUAAUAACGUUGCUUGCGACAAUGAACAUCGCCUUUCAGAUAUUCACCGACCCAAAGACUUUUUUCAAAUCGGUUUGGAACAUUCUGGACAUUUUGGCACUCAUAAUGAGCUACGUGUCGACUAUUAUGUUUUUGCUUAAACUAGGUAUCAUUGAGAAAACAAUUAAAGUGUUUCAAGAAGACAAAAAUGAGUACAUUGGGUUUGAAAACUUGGAAUUCUACGAUUUCAUCACCAAUACCGCGUUCGGGAUCCUGGUGUUCAUUUUGUCUAUUCGCAUUUCAAGGAUUCUGGGAUACAGUGGGAGAAUACACGAAAUGGCUGCUGUAAUUUCCAAUGCCGCAGACGAUCUGCUCGGUUUUCUAUUUGUAUUCAGUAUUGCCACUACUGCUUACGUCAACUGUGGCAACAUGCUGUUCGGACGAGACGAAGGCAGAUUCAAAAGCUGGUACGACACGUUUGGAACUAUUACCGAAACUUUCAUUGGAAAGAAUAAAGUCGAUGAUAUAAUGAAGGCACAGCCGAUCUAUGCCGAGAUCUACUACAUCACUUUCGUCCUAUUUGUCUUGAUGACGUUGGUCACAAUGGCGGCUGCCAUCCUCAACUUCAGCAUCUCACACGUGAAAGAGGAGACGGUUAAGCUGGCUCCUUCAAAUAUUGUGGAGGUGAUUUGGGACAGGAUUGUGGUUCUUGCUGGCAAACUGCAGAGAACCAUAAAGACUAAAAAGGUUCCAGUUGUGCGACGCGAUUCUGAAAGCGAGCUUCGAGAGAUUCUGUCAGAUCUGCACCUGUUCAUCAGAAACUUGAAAGAGAGGCGAAAGUCCAACAAAGCCGAUAAGUAUCGACCGGCUGAUGACGAAGAUUAAAGGACUGUCGUAAACAAAAACUAUGAUUCUUGACUCAGUAGAAAGAAUCAAUGUUUUGCAAUAGUGUCAAUGAUUCAUUAUUACGAACUGUUCAUUGUUAAAGUAUAUAUUUUUAUGCCCCCCUUCGAAGAAGAGGGGGUAUAUUGCUUUGCACAUGUUGGUCGGUCGGUCUGUCGGUCUGUCGGUCCGUCCACCAGGUGGUUUCCGGAUGAUAACUCAAGAACGCUUGGGGAUAGGAUCAUGAAACUUCUUAGGUACAUUGAUCAUGACUCGCAGAUGACCCCUAUUGAUUUUGAGGUCACUAGGUCAAAGGUCAAGGUCACGGUGACCCGAAAUAGUAAAAUGGUUUUCGGAUGAUAACUCAAGAAAGCUUAGGCCUAGGAUCAUGAAACUUUAUAGGUAGAUUGAUCAGGACUCGCAGAUGAUCCCUAUUGAUUUUCAGGUCACUAGGUCAAAGGUAAAGGUCACGGUGACCCGUAAUAGUAAACUGGUUUCCGGAAGAUAACUCAAGAACGCUUAGGCCUAGGAUCGUGAAACUUGAUAGGUAGAUUGAUCAUGACUCGCAGAUGACCCCUAUUGAUUUCAGGUCACUAGGUCAAAGGUCAAGGUCACAGUGACCGGAAAUAGUAAAAUGGUUUCCGGAUGAUAACUCAAGAAAGCUUAUGCCUAGGAUCAUGAAACUUCGUAGGUAGAUCGAUAAUGGCUGGCAGAUAAACCCUAUUGAUUUUCAUGUCACUAGGGUAAAGGUCAAGGUCACAGUGACCCGAAAUAGUAAAAUGGUUUCCGGAUGAUAACUCAAGAAAGCUUAUGCCUAGGAUCAUGAAACUUUAAAGGUACAUUGAUCAUGACUCGCAGAUGACCCCUAUUGAUUUUCAGGUCACUAGGUCAAGGUCACGGUCACCCGAAAUAGUAAAAUGGUUUCCGGAUGAUAACUCAAGAACGCUUAUGCCUAGGAUCAUGAAACUUGAUAGGUAGAUUGAUCAUGACUCGCAGUUGACCCCUAUUGAUUUUCAGGUCACUAUAUCAAAGGUCAAGGUCACGGUGACCUGAAAUAGUAAAAUGGUUGCCGGAUGUUAACUCAAGAACGCUAAUGGCUACGAUCAUGAAACUUCAUAGGUACAUUGAUCAUGACUCGCAAAUGACCCCUAUUGAUUUUGAGGUUACUAGGUCAAAGGUCAAGGUCAUGGUGACCCGAAAUAGUAAAAUGGUUUCCGGAUGAUAACUCAAGAAUGCGUAUGCCUAGGAUCAUGAAACUUCAAAGGUACAUUGAUCAUGACUCGCAGAUGACCCCUAUUGAUUUUCAGGUCACUAGGUCAAAGGUCAAGGUCACGGUGACCAGAAAUAGUUUAAUGGUUUCCGGAUGAUAACUCAAAAACGCUUAUGGCUAGGAUCAUGAAACUUCAUAGGUACAUUGAUCAUGACUGGCAGAUGACUCCUAUUGAUUUUCAGGUCACUAUGUCAAAGGUCAAGGUCACAGUGACAAAAAACAUAUUCACACAAUGGUUGUCACUACAACGGAGAGCCCAUAUGGGGGGCAUGCAUGUUUUACAAACAGCCCUUGUUCUGUAUCGAUUUAGGAUUUUUUUUAUCUUUGUUAACUAACUGUACAGUGUUGAUUCGAACACAGACUUUAGUCCUUUGCAUAUUACAUUAUGAUCAAUUCUACCAAAAAAAUGUAUCUUAUGUGUUUCUCUGUAUUUUAAAAUGUCUCUAUUUCUUCUCACUGCAACCCUGACUACUAAAGAUAUUGUUGUAGCCAAGACAUUCUCAAAAUCUUCGAAAAUUAGAUGAAAGAAAGUAGUGAAUUGUUGAUAAAGUAACAGCGGUUACGUUUUAUUACAGACUUCUUAAGAGCAUCUCUGUACAUUCGAAACCCACGCUCAAUCGCAGAAUCGACAGUUUAGGUCUCAACGCACUGAUAGACGUUAUUGAACCCCUUGUAUAUUUAUUGAACCUUUGUGCAAGUUAUCUUAUCCGGUAUUGUUCGUGUUAUUUUUUUAAGUAAGACUUUCUCAAACACAUUCUUUAAAACGUGUAAGCACGUGGAAUAAAAUUUUAAUACAUUUA